ACGUCAGCGGUCAAAGGUGACCGGUGGCAAACAGAAACAGUAUGGCGGCUGAGGAGAGGAGGAGUACCGGAGGCUCCGUUAAAACCACCACAAAAGGUGGGAAACGCAUCAAAGCACUAACAGCUGAAGAAGAAGCGAGAAGGAGAGAGGAGAUUAAGGAGAAAUUGAGGGAGAAGUUGGAGUUGGAGAAAAGAGCUCUGCAGGUGGUGGAGCGUCUCCUGGAGGACAGUGUGGCUGAGGACUUCCUGGUUGACUGUGCCAAGUUCAUCACUCCAGCUAAUUACAAAGAUACUAUAGAGGAAAGAUCGAUUGCGAAACUAUGUGGAUAUCCCAUAUGUCCAAAUAAACUGGGCAAGAUCCCAACUCAACAGUACAAAAUAUCUGCUAAGACCAAUAAGGUGUAUGACAUCACAGAGCGCAAGUGUUUUUGCAGUAACUUCUGCUACAAAGCGUCCAAAGAGUUUGAGCUACAAAUAUCAAAGACGCCGCUUUGGAUCAGACAGCAUGAGAGUCCUCCAGAGAUUAAACUGUUGAAGAAAGGAGAUGGUGGGAGCUCUGGUGAGGAGGUGAUGCUGUCAGAGAAGCGUCUGAAAGAGGAAGACAUUGAGAACCCGCUGAAUGCUCAACCAGAGGAUCUUCAGAGCUCUCAGCAGCGUCCUCCUGCAGCUGAACACAGUGACAGCAGCGACGGUGAACAGGAGCAGGACUUCGUCUCCAGUGUCGUCUCCCAGCAGCAGAGGCCCAGAGUGCACUGGGGAGACCUGCCUAAACGCAGAGAUGAAGAGAAGAAUGGUGGACGAGGGAACAUGGAGAGGAGGAAGAAACAGACCAGGAACGGAUAUGAAGAGGAAACUGAAUUUCAUCCAAGACAGAAUAUAGAGAAGGAAGGACAAAUAAGAGGAGAUGAGGAAAUGAAACAAAUUAGAACUGAUGCUGGAAAACCUCAAGAGCUGCACAAAAUAGAUACUGACCAGGCAGUGAUGAAAGAGAAAGACUUCCUUGAUGAAUCUAGUGUGGAAGAGGCUACAGCUAAACUAAAUCUGUGUAGUUUAUCUGAGACAGUCACUCACAACACUGUCCUGCCUGUGGAUUCAACACCCACACAGACAGAAAAAACAUCUUCACUCACCUCGCCUUCAGUUAUAGAGUCAGAACCCCAAACAGAAAGCAAAGCUCUCCCUUCUUCAGAUGUCAUGAAUCAGAAUACUCUAAAGACAGCUUUACCAAAGCAAACAGAUCUAAGCAUCACCCAAGUGGGUAUGAGCAAGAGAGGGGCAGCAGGACUGCGAGAUCUACUGAAGAACUACGCCGGUGAAGCCACACCUGACUCAGUGCAUCUGAAUCUUCUCGAGGGCCUCAGAAGAACUUUGAAGAAGUGGUGCACUGAUGAAACGUUGAAGUUCCUGUAUGGCGCUGAUCAAUCACUGGAUCCUUCAUCUGUUGAUGUACAAGAAGAAACUGAGGAGGCAGAGUUGGAUGAAGAUGAUAUUGACGAUGAGGUGAUUGACGCUGGGGAGCAAAAGAGGCCAUCAGCUGCAGUUCCAGACUUUGAGACAUUGAAGAAGGAAACCCAGCAGCUGGAGCUCAGGGUCAGUGAGUUUUAUAAGGGGACGUGGAUUCUGCCGGAGGAGGUGCAGGAGCCGAACGGAGACACGGACCGAAGAACGAAGGAUCCAGUUCUUCCACUGAUUGACUCUCAAGCUCAGCACCUCAUCCAGAAGCGAAUCACAGUGGAGAAGCUCACCAGCUGUCUCAGAAACAUUGUGGGUCCGCUGCAUCUCACCAUGAGUGACGUCUCCACCGACCUGAACAGCCUGGUCAGAACGUUCAGGUUCACCAACACAAACAUCAUCCACAAAACUCCAGAGUGGACCCUCAUAGCCGUGGUGCUUCUACAUCUGUUGUCAGAAGUGUCUCCGGCGGUGCGAGAAGCCUUAAAGAGGUCGGCCUCAGUGGAGUAUUUGAACACGCUGAUGGAGGAGCUCGGUCUGCAAGAGCAGGACGUCCUGAACUUAGUCCAGCUGUUUAAACCCCCAAAACAUUGACCUGAGACAGAUGUGUCCAGUGUUUGGUUUCCACAAAUAAACUGGGUUGGAAUAAAAA